CGGUGUCGCAUAGUCUAAAUCAAUUUAUCAAGUUUUUAUUCGUCCCUGUGUCCAAACACCCAGAAACUCUCCCAGAAAACCCUACUCCUAUAUAAACAAUGAUCUAUUUCGGCGUCAGUCGAGGAUCACAGACAGAUCGACCAUGUCGAAGCGAGGAAGGGGAGGAUCGGCUGGGAACAAGUUCAGGAUGUCGCUGGGUCUCCCAGUGGCAGCUACUGUGAACUGCGCUGACAACACGGGAGCCAAGAAUCUCUACAUAAUUUCAGUCAAAGGAAUCAAAGGACGCCUCAACAGAUUGCCGUCUGCUUGCGUCGGCGAUAUGGUCAUGGCCACCGUCAAGAAAGGAAAACCCGAUCUCAGGAAGAAAGUUAUGCCAGCUGUCAUCGUCCGCCAACGCAAGCCCUGGCGUCGAAAGGACGGCGUCUACAUGUACUUUGAAGAUAAUGCUGGUGUGAUUGUGAACCCUAAGGGAGAAAUGAAAGGGUCUGCUAUAACUGGGCCAAUUGGAAAGGAGUGUGCUGAUUUGUGGCCAAGAAUUGCAAGUGCUGCCAAUGCUAUUGUCUGAGUCUGAUUUUCUUUCAACUCAUUUCCUUUUUGUGUUCUUAGUUUGAUUUUUGUUGGGAUUCUUGUUUUCUGUAAUAGAAUUUGAAACCAGUACUUGUUGGGGAGAUUACAAUCAACAUAACCUGUAUGCCUGGAUUGAAUGAUAAUGUUUUCAUUAUAUAUUGUUCAAA